UCACACUUUUCCACGCUGAGCGCUGUUAACACGCUCGCUAUUAACUGGGCUGCAACUUUUUAGCCAUCCGCUGGGGGCAACAACGUGAUAUGGGGAUGUCUAGACGCUCAGCUGCUCUGUUGCUGAGGGAGAUUUCUUUAUCAGGGCCAAAGUAUCACUGGAAGGCGGUCCUAGCGGGGAGGAUGCUCAGAGAUGCUUGGUGUGCAGAACGAUGAGAAAUGUGUCUAUAUUUAGUUUAUACUGAAAAACGAUAUCAAGGGUCGCCAAUUCGCGUCUUUGGCGUCUUCUAAAGAAAUAACAGACACUGGCCAAGACUGAGGGCUAAGAAGCUUUCUUUGUUUUGUGUGAGCUAGUGCUAGCAAGAGGGAGUCAUAUUCAGCUGUUUGUUUUCUAUUCUUCCGAAGACAUAAUUGAAUAUCAUAAUCCGAAUUGUGAGGAACGGCUGGGACGUUUGGGCAGCUUUCUGACUUGCUAUUAUUGUGGGUUGGAUCUUAAUCAGUGCUAUUUGGUAACGUAUGGACUCUAUUGGUUAAAGUGACGGACAAAAUUAAGAGGUAAACAACAGCAAGGUUGGUAUCAGGUGGAUGAUGGGCCUGCGAUUCCGAACAAGCGUUUCCUUGUGAUGAUUAUUCAAAUUCCCGUAUUGCAGGCAUCAGAACCAGGCAAAAUCUCUUCAUUUUUAGUGAGGCUAUGUGAUGCAUUCUUUUCCAAAGUAAUUCAUUUUUAAUGCGUUAUAUUAGUCCAUAUUAUCGUUGGUUUCUGUGUCAAAGGGCUGUGACACGAUUAUCUAGUGGAAACAGUUAGCCCAUUAGAUGCUCUUAUCUCUCGUCGUGUACAUCAGCAAGCUCUGCCAAUAUUUUUCAAUGUUCAGUUCCGAGAGACUCACGGUCCCUGAAUAUGUCAGUCGCUUUCAAACCCGGAAAUCAAGCCCUGACAUCAGGGCUGUCUCACCGGGUAUCAGCGCUGACGUCCAGUCAAUGCUAGAUGUUUCUCUGCCAGCACUGCGAUCAGCUGUCAAAACGUUAAAAUCAGCCAAGGACACCUCCGAUCUGGAGAAGACCCGUCAAGCAAUCGCUGAGAUUUAUCAGCUGGUAGAGGAAGCCUGGGUUUUACCUGAAUUUGGACGCCAUGUUGCUGAGGAGAUAUGCAACAGAAUACGACUGGAUGGUGGUUUGGAGGUGCUCUUGCAGCAUCUCCAGACACCUGCAGUGGAAAUCACCUAUGAGUCGGCCAAAUUACUGGAGCAGAUUCUGGUGGCAGAAAACAGAGACUACGUGACACGCAUGGGUCUGGGCGUGAUCCUGAAUCUGACCCGGUCUCAGGAUGAUGCCCAGCUGGCCCGCAGCGUGUCUGGCAUCCUGGAGCACAUGUUCAAGCACACGGAGGAGACGUCCGCCCAGCUCAUCUCCAACGGGGCCCUGGAUGCCCUGCUCUUCUGGUGCCGCGGCACGGACCCCACCGUGCUGCGCCACUGUGCCGUGGCGCUGUCCAAUUGCGCCAUGUACGGAGGUCACCGGUGCCAGCGGCUCAUGAUCGAGAAGCAGGCGGCCGAGUGGCUCUUCCCCCUGGCCUUCUCCAAGGAGGACGAGCUCAUCCGCUUCUACGCCUGCCUGGCCGUGGCCUUGCUGGCCAACAACAAGGAGAUCGAGAAGGAGGUGGUGAAGUCCGGCACGCUGGAACUGGUGGAGCCUUUCAUCGCCUCGCUGGACCCGGACGAGUUCGCCCGCAGCCUGCUGGACAGCACGGACUGCAUGCAGGGCCGCACAGCCGCCGACCUGCAGCAGCUGCUGCCCCUGCUGGAUGGAACACGGCUGGAGGGGAAGUGCAUCGCCGCCUUCUACCUGUGCGUGGAGACCAGCAUCAAAUCUCGCCAGCGGAACACCAAGAUUUUCCAGGAGAUUGGAGCAGUGCAGAGCCUGAAGAGGAUUGCCAUGUAUUCCAGUAAUGCCACUGCCUGCUCUCUUGCCAAGCGAGCCCUGGGCAUGAUGGGAGAGGAGGUGCCACGCCGCAUCCUCUCCUCUGUGCCAAACUGGAAGAGUGGGGAGGUGCAAAGAUGGCUCCAGCAGAUUGGCUUCAGUUCUUACUCAGAGCGCUUUCAGGAGUUGCAGGUGGAUGGAGACCUGCUCUUGAACAUCACAGACGAAGACCUCCGCAAUGAUCUGGGCAUGUCGUCAGGGCUUACUCGCAAGAGAUUUCUGAGAGAUCUCCGUGUCCUCAAGAUGUAUGCCAACUACUCCACGUGUGAUCCCAACAACCUGGCCGACUGGCUGGCAGACGUGGACCCACGCUUUCGCCAGUACACAUACGGCCUGGUCCAGUCAGGGGUUGACCGCAAAAACAUCCUGCACAUCAAUGACGAGCAGCUCAGGACCGACUGCAGUGUAGAGAACGGUGUGCACCGGGCCAAAAUCUUGGCUUCCCUGCGCUACCCAAACAAGGCCUGCCUGACUGAUGCACAGCCUUGUGGGCCGGACGUCUUCAUCAGUUACCGCCGCACCACUGGCUCCCAGCUGGCCAGCCUGCUGAAGGUGCAUCUCCAGCUCCGUGGCUACAGUGUGUUCAUCGACGUGGAGAAGCUGGAGGCUGGCCGCUUUGAGGAGAAACUGAUCCAGAGUGUGCAGCGAGCACGCAACUUCAUCCUGGUACUCUCAGCCAACGCCCUGGACAAAUGCAUGAGCGAUGUGACCAUGAAGGACUGGGUGCACAAGGAGAUUGUCACAGCUCUCAAUGGGAAGAAGAACAUUGUUCCGGUCACAGAUAACUUUAUGUGGCCUGAUCCCAAGACACUACCAGAUGAUAUGAGCUCCAUCCUCAACUUCAAUGGAAUCAAAUGGUCCCAUGAGUAUCAGGAGGCGACCAUAGAGAAGAUCCUCCGCUUCCUUGGGAGCCCAAGCCAAGACCAGCUGGACAAAGCCAAGGACCCAGAGUUACCAAAGCAGGAAUAGGUCCAAAGGUGGCCCACCAGGACCUGGUACACAUGGCCCAGGAUUCAGUCUGUGUGGCCUCUGUGGCAUCAAGCCUGUUCCUUCCAUGAACCCUGGGUUCGAAUCCGCCUCUCUGUCUACCUGCAUGUAACUAACAAGAUGAGUUUUAGCAGAGAUGAAAGAGGCCAGCUUCAGAUAAUACAACUCCCCCGUGUUUUGACCCCUACCUAUGUACUUAAUAAUUCAUUAGCUCAUUCAACUUAUUUGCCUCUUAGUUGUAUUACUAGGCAAAUACAGACACUUGAUCUAACCCAAUGGGGAUCAAAUCCUGGAAGUUCCACCUUUGGCUUUCAGUCCUACUAACCUUCUAGUUCAAGGUUGGCCUCUAGGCCAGGUCAAAUAUGAAGAGCUCAGGGGUCCAGUCUCUUAGAUUAACACUUCGAAUACCUUGUCACUCAUAUUGCCUCGGGUGAUCUGAGAAGGAUGUGCUGCCUACCUCUCAGGGUGUGAGUAUGAACACGAUAUUUUAUUUUAGGUGCCUUGACUGUAGCCAGCAUGCUUUUCUAUCCCAUCCUCUUUAUUGGAGUUCAAAAUGUGAUGGGGGUUUAGAAGUUGCUUUGCGAAUAUAGGAAUAAUAUCAGUUUGAAACGCAAAGUCAAUCGAUAUAUGAAGGAAUUAUUUAAACAUGAGAGGCAUGAAGUUCUGAAACGCAUAGCUUACAUGUAAUCACAAUAUAACAGACUUACCAGGCACUUGAGUGUAAUGCAUAGGGAUUGCCCUUAAAACAAAACUGUGUAUAUAAUAAAAUAUAGCAGUAACAAUGACUAAGGAGGUCGGUAUCACUCUGAAAAUAAAUCGUCAUGUCAAUCUACUAAUCUACUAAUUUGUCGUCUGCUAAUGCUCAAACGUAUCAGUUAAUGGAAAAACAUGCAGUAUUCACCAAGAAAGAAACAGGCCUACAUGAACCACACCAUAUAGUUUUGCAGUACAACCACAGAGUUGGACAACUCUAGCUAUGUAGAUAGUCUGUGUCGCAGUGUAAAAUAAGUGCCAGUACAGAUAAAAGACACUUAAGGCACGAGACAAUACCACUUAUUGACAUAAUAUGUCAGGGGGAUUCACUGCAGUUUCACUGUCCUGAUGUUAUUGGCUUUUGCCUAUGUUGGGGUUUAUUCUGUUGCCUUAAUGUACAAUUGUUGUUCUUGUCUGUCACAUAUAAAGAUCAAAUAUUGACGAUGGUUUGUGCAUAGAAUUUAAUACAAGAUAGGACUUGGACAUUCAAUAAUCUUACAAUGCUGUAAAAAUCAAAGGUAAUAAAAAUGAUCAAGUGUUUGCCAGACUCAACAUUA